AUGGCAUUCGGAAAAGCACGUGGAAACAAACGCUCUACGUCGUCUUAUGCGUCGACCAUCACAAUGGUCGUAUUUGUAGCUUUGUGUGUCAUUGGUGUAUGGAUGCUUUCUACCAACUCCUUUAUUCCAUCACAGAUCACACAAGCUACAACUCGAACGGUCAUUGCAGAGACUGAGAGGAGUGAUGUCUCUGCCUCUUCAAACGGUAAUGAAGAACCCGAACCAACAAAACCGGAUCCAACGUUUCAGGACAAUCCAGGGAAGCUUCCAGAUGAUGCUGUAAAGUCUGAAGACGAACAAAAAAUGUCAGCAAAAGAGAAGACAAGUUCAAAGGCAGGAGAUGAGGGAGAGAGGCAGAAUCAAAAACAAGAGGCCGAGACACAACAGAACAAUGAGAAAGAGAAUAAGAAGAACGAUGAGGGACAAGCGAAAGAAGUUGUUAAAGAGUUUGAGAAAGAACAAAAGGAACAACGAGAAGAGGAUGCUGGAAGUCAACCAGGUAACAACAAAGGAACACAAGAGCAAGAGAGUGUAGUACAAGGGAAAGACAUGCAAGAUGUGGAACAAGGAAAGAAGCAAGGGCAAGAUCAGGCUUCUAAUGCGGACGUGACAUUUACAGAUGCGACCAAAGAAGAACUACCUUUGGAGGUGGGGAAGAGAUAUGCAUCACAGAAGUCAAAGAAUCAAGACAACGGACAACAACAACAACAAGAUGAUCAAAGCUCAAAGAGUGAAGAAAACGGACAGCAACAACAAGAAGAUCAAAACUCAAAGAAUCAAGAAAAUGGACAGCAACAACAACAAGAAGAUCAAAGCUCAAAGAAUCAAGAAAAUGGACAGCAACAACAACAAGAGGAUCAAAACACAGGUAAGGAGGAUAAUGGGCAGCAACAGCAAGAGGAUCAGAACUCAAGUAAGGAAGACAACGGACAGCAAAACAUGGAGAACAACAGCAUGGUCAGUGAUGAAAACGUGAAGGAGCAGAAGAGCAUGAAGGAUGAAACUAACACUCCAGAGGAACAAAGCACAACAAAGGAAGAAAAUGUGGAGCCACAACAAGAAGAGAAAAAACAAGAGGGCGCUGGAGCGAGCGGGUUUGGUUCAGGAAUACCAAAAGAAUCAGCAGAAUCACAGAAGUCAUGGAAGAGUCAAGCAACAGAGUCUAAAGACGAGAAACAAAGACAGACAUCUGAAUCAAACAAUGCAGAUAGUAUUUUGACUGGGAAGGCAUGGGAGUUGUGCAAUGCAACUGCAGCUUAUGAUUAUAUACCAUGCUUAGACAACGAAGAAGCUAUAAAGAAACUGACUAGUAGAGGACAUUUUGAGCAUAGAGAGAGGCAUUGUCCAGAAGACCCACCAACAUGUCUUGUCUCCCUCCCAGAAGGGUAUAAGGAGUCCAUCAAGUGGCCAGAAAGCAGGGACAAGAUAUGGUACCACAAUGUCCCACACACAAAGCUAGCAGAAGUGAAAGGACAUCAGAACUGGGUGAAGGUUACUGGCGAGUUCUUGACAUUUCCUGGUGGUGGAACACAGUUUAUCCAUGGAGCUCUUCAUUAUAUAGAUUUUCUUCAGCAGUCUUUAAAAAACAUUGCUUGGGGUAAAAAUACUAGAGUUGUAUUGGAUGUUGGAUGUGGAGUGGCGAGCUUUGGAGGUUUCCUCUUUGAAAGAGAUGUUAUAGCCAUGUCUCUUGCACCAAAAGAUGAACAUGAAGCUCAGGUUCAGUUUGCUCUAGAAAGGAAAAUUCCAGCCAUCUCUGCGGUGAUGGGGACUAAGAGAUUACCGUUCCCGAGCAGGGUGUUUGACCUUAUCCACUGCGCACGUUGUAGAGUCCCUUGGCACAAUGAUGGUGGUAUGCUUCUUUUGGAACUUAACCGGAUGCUUAGGCCAGGAGGUUAUUUUGUGUGGUCAGCAACACCAGUCUACCAGAAGCUUGAAGAAGAUGUUCAAAUUUGGAAAGGUAUAAGGUUUGAAUUAUAUAAGUGUUCUCCCUUUUUUGUUUGUAACACUGACAUUGUUUUGAGGUAUGUAGAGAUGUCUGCAUUGACAAAAUCCAUGUGUUGGGAGCUUGUGACAAUCAACAAGGAUAAACUCAAUGGUAUUGGUGCUGCCAUCUACCAGAAGCCUGCCAACAAUGAGUGCUAUGAGAAAAGAAAGCACAAGAAGCCUCCUAUGUGCAAGAACAACGAUGAUUCCAAUGCAGCCUGGUACGUACCGCUACAAGCAUGCAUGCAUAAAGUGCCGACCAAUGCGGUUGAGAGAGGGAGCAAGUGGCCAGUUACCUGGCCUCUUCGGCUUCAGACACCUCCUUAUUGGCUAAACAGCUCUCAAAUGGGGAUCUAUGGGAAACCAGCUCCACUAGACUUCACUACAGAUUAUGAACACUGGAAGCACGUUGUUAGCAAAGUGUACAUGAACGAAAUGGGAAUCAGCUGGUCUAAUGUGAGGAAUGUCAUGGAUAUGCGAGCUGUAUAUGGAGGAUUUGCAGCAGCUCUGAAAGACAUGCAAGUGUGGGUCAUGAAUGUUGUAAACAUAAACUCACCAGAUACAUUACUGAUAAUCUACGAGAGAGGCUUGUUUGGAAUAUAUCAUGACUGGUGUGAAUCUUUUAGCACAUAUCCUAGAAGCUAUGAUCUAUUGCAUGCAGAUCAUCUCUUCUCCAAGUUGAAAGCAAGGUGCAAUCUUGUUCCAGUAAUGGCAGAAGUGGAUAGAAUAGUAAGACCAGGAGGGAAACUUAUUGUACGUGACGAGUCCAAUGUGAUAAGAGAAGUUGAGAACAUGUUGAAAUCACUGCACUGGGAUGUUCAUCUAACCUUCUCGAAACACCAAGAAGGAAUAUUAAGUGCACAAAAAGGAUUUUGGAGACCAGAUACAUCUCAAACUUCUGCCUAA